AUGGCAAGUUUUGGAUUUAGUUCGACCAUCAUCAUCGUAUUCAUAUACACAAUCGGCUCAGUUUCUUGCAAAAACGUUUUCGUAACGAACCAAGCAGCCUUGUUCGCGUUCGGAGAUUCUCUGUUCGAAGCCGGAAACAACAAUUACUUCGAUUCUCUCCCCGGUUUCCGGUCAAAUUUCUGGCCGUACGGUAAAACAACGUUCAAGUUUCCGACGGGAAGGGUUUCCGAUGGACGGAUAAUGGUAGAUUUUAUAGCUGAAAACGCUUGGUUACCGUUGCUCCCACCAAAUCUGCAACCUGGUUACAGUAACAGUCAAUUAACCUACGGAGUUAAUUUCGCUACCACAGCCGCCGGAGCUUUUGCGGCAACUUUCCCCGGAGUGUCAAAAGAUUUGGGAACACAAUUAAACAGCUUCAAGAACGUAACGCAAGUGUUGAGAUCAGAACUAGGAGACGCAGAGGCGAGAAGAGUCAUCUCAAAAGCUGUUUACCUUUUUCACAUCGGAGCAAAUGACUAUCAAUACCCAUUCUUUGCAAAUACCACAACUAUUAGUACCACUACCAAAGAUAGAUUCGUCGAUUUCGUCAUUGGUAACACGACGACCGUCAUCGAGGAAUUGUAUAAACUGGGAGCAAGAAAAUUCGGAUUCUUGAGCUUGGGUCCGUACGGUUGCACACCGAGUUCGUCGAUAAUAGACCGGACAAAGAUAGGAUCAUGUUUCGAGCCGGUUAGUGAGCUGAUAAACCUCCAUAACCAAGAAUUCCCUAAAGCCUUGAGGCGUCUAGAGCGAGAACUAUCCGGAUUCAAAUACUCUCUCCACGACUUUCACAGUUCUCUACUCCAAAGAAUCAACAAUCCUUCCCGGUACGGUUUCAAGCAAGGGAAGAUGGCAUGUUGCGGGAGCGGACCUCUGAGGGGGAUCAAUACGUGUGGAUUCCGAAACGGACCUUCGCAAGGUUACGAGCUCUGCGAAAACGCUGAGGAUUACAUCUUCUUUGAUCCUUCUCACCUGACUGAGAAGGCUCAUCGACAGAUCGCUGAACUGAUUUGGAGCGGACCGCUUAAUGUCACUGCGCCCUACAAUCUCAAAACAUUGUUUGGACUCUAA